AUGCCCAGGGAGACCACAUCACCAUCCAUUACCACUACCAGGCCUGUUACUACCCUAGUAACAUCAAGUUCGACGACUACUUCUAGAACCACGACACGGUCGUCUAGUACUACUACGCGGGAUACCACUUCCCCUUCAACUACUCGAACAACAACUAGUUCAAGCACCACCUUGUCUACCGCCACAAGGUCUACAACCUCGAGCGCCCCUGUAGGCCUCUUUACGAAUCCAGUUGUUUAUUCGGACUAUGCAGACAAUGAUGUUUUUAAAGGGCCUGAUGGUGCUUAUUAUCUAUCAUCUUCCAACAUGCACUUUUCACCGGGGGCACCAAUUCUCAAGUCGUUCGAUCUCGUGAACUGGGAGCCUAUUGGACAUUCAGUUCCUUUCCUUGACAAUGGUGAUAAUUAUAACAUGGUUGGAGGCACCGCCUACCGCGGUGGUACUUGGGCCUCUACUAUGAGAUACCGUUCCAGUAAUGGCAAAUGGUAUUGGAUCGGGUGCAUGAACUUCUGGGUCACCUUUAUUUAUACCGCAGACAACGCUGCUGGCCCUUGGACAAAGUCUGGUACGAUCUAUAAAUGCUACUAUGAUUGCGGCCUUCUUAUCGAUGAUGAUGACAAAAUGUAUGUCGUCUACGGCGGCAGCUCCAUCAACCUCGCCCAACUGACCGUAGAUGGACUUGGAGAGGCCUCUUCACAACUCAUCUUUGAUCAGCCCUCUGGCGUUAGUGGUAUGGAAGGCAACCGCAUGUACAAGCGCAAUGGGAUCUACUAUAUCCUGAACGAUUAUCCUAAUAUUGGUGGCACUUAUAUCUGGAAAUCGGCUAGUCCCUGGGGCCCUUGGGAGUACAAACAGCUUCACAAUGGGCUUACCAGCCCAGUUGCCGGUGGCGGGUCUCCUCAUCAAGGAAGUUUGGUCAAUAUUGGUAAUGACAAAUGGUACUUCGUCUCCUUCACCUGGGCUUACCCCGCAGGUCGCAUGCCUGUUUUAGCCCCAAUAACUUGGGGUUCAGACGGUUUCGCAAGCAUGGUUACCGAUAAUAGCGGAGGCUGGGGUCUCACCUAUCCAAACCCUCUCCCCACGGUUUCUACUCCAAAUUGGUACCGUACCGAUACCUUUGCUGCAAGCAAGUUAGGCCCACAUUGGGAGUUCAACCAUAACCCGGAUAACACGAAGUAUUCAGUUGCAGUUGGCGGUGUUACCCUCAAUACUUGUUCUAUCACGACAAAUAUCCUUACCGCGAGGAAUACUCUGACGACUCGUCUCUAUGGCCCCACUCCACAGGGUACUAUAGCCCUAGAUUUCAACAACAUGGCUGAUGGAGACCGUGCUGGCCUGGCUGCUUUCAGAGAUAAAACUGCCUGGAUUGGAAUCAGCCGUGAUGGUUCCGAAUAUAAACUUACCGUUGUCCAUAGCAUUAUCCUCUCCGAGGAAACUUGGACGCCCUCCAGCAAUGGCACCGUAGAUUCUCAGACGGUCAUCUCAAAAGGCAGUGGGAAGAUUUGGUUCAGAGGUAACCUUGAUGCUAGGGCCACUGGCACCAAACUCGUCCAAUUCUCGUAUAGCACCGACGGCACUACUUUCACUAAUUUCGGGACCCCAUUUACGCUGUAUACUAAUUGGGCAUACUUUAUGGGUUAUAGAUGGGGGAUUUUCAACUACGCAACAAAGGCACUUGGUGGAUCAGUUAAGCUAACAAGCUUUGUUGGCGGGCAAUAUGCAGCUUAA